UCAGAGAUAUUCGCAACUGGAGGCGUUAGAUUGUUUGUCACAUCCAGAAUCGGUGAUGAUAAUAGGAUGGGAUUCUGCAAGAAGACCUCAGUUGGGCAGAGUCGAGACGUCAUCGAUCAAGGACAAAAGCCUGGGAUCGGACGAUAAUGAUAGAAUUGCUCAUGUGAGUUUUUCAGUCAUUUUGAUCGCCUAUUUUUUAUGGAAGGUAGGCGAUGAUUCCUUGUGA